AUGUCUCGGCCUAUCAAGGCUUUGAAGCCGUGUGAGCUAGAGAUACGAUUGUCAGGGACCAUCCCCCCUCAAGCGCCUAAUUACAUUGAAAGACCAUCGGUUGAGAAGGAAAUCGUGGAGAAACUGCUGUCGACAGAUAAUAUAUUUAAGGAAGCGUAUGAUAUCCGUACGGAAUUUUCAGACGACGAGAAACGGAAGAGUGAGACGCAUGCGCACACCACUACUAAACUCGGCUUGUGUUAUCUUCUUCAGGGAGAAGAAGAGGAAGGCCGCAACCUACUCCAGGAAGGAAUAGACAUACGGGAUAGAUUAGGUGUUUCUUUGUAUGUCGCCGCUGGUUACUGUGAUCUUGGACAUAGCUAUCGGUAUUGCAACGACCAUCUAAAAGCAAUCGAGACCUGGGAAAACAAAGCUUUGCCAGUUUACGAAAGGGAGCUUGGCGAGCACCCCUGGGCUGCUACGCUGUUAUACUGGAUUGGCUACUCGUACAUAACCCUCGCCGGUGAAAAUAAUUCGGGAGAUUACGCCGACAAGGCCAAGAGAAAGCUCGAGAAGGCUCUGGAGAUACAAACGAAAAUGCUGGGGGACCAUUCAGAUACUGCUCGCUCCCACGUUUGUCUUGGUGAUGCUUUCAGGAUCCAAGGUAAAUUGAAAUUGGCAUUGGAGGAACUCCAGAAGGGACUUGAAAUUCGGGAAAACGUGCUUGGCCCUGAUCAUGAGAAAACGAUUGUUACGAGGGAGAAAAUAGAAGAAUUUCAACGACUUCACGAAGAGUCGAGAUCGAGAAGCAGUUUAUUUCCAUCGGGACAACCAAACACCAAGAAAGGAGUUGAAAAUACGAUGCAAAGCGGAGUAUUUUUGACGAGCUUCAAGGGGUUUGAGUAAGUGUCGAGUGUUUGAUAUAUCUUCAGUUGUCAAUCGAAACAAAAACUAAGGGGUACAGGUAGAAGCAAAAUCGUCGAAAUCUAUGCUAAUUAAGACCGGGUAUCCAAUAGCCUCCUUGACGGUGGUGAUUUUCUUUGUUUAAACUUGACGAAUUAUUAAUGAAUUUGAGAACCGUCACUAAAACCUACUAAUAGCUAUGGAUCGGUGAGCUUAGCUUAUUAUUGAAAAGGAUAGCUCACCUUAAGAUUACUUUCUUUAAACGUUUAAUUUGGCACUGAAGAAAGGAAAACAUCAGUCCUUAUUCAGGUAUGUUGUACUUUAUUAAUCUCAGCGGUUUUCUUAAUGACAACCAUGCCAUGGCAGGUGUUGAAUGCCUUAACUGAGCUAGUUCAAAUAUUUGAUAAUUACUUAUUCACUUAUAUACAUAACAUUUUUACCACCACAGUGGAUUCUCAAAGAGUGAACUUAAACUACUGUGUAUUUACUGAAUCAGCAUCCGUGUGAAUUGAAAACUGAACAAACAGCAUGCAGAACAUGAUCGUCCGUAGAUUUUUUUGACAACCAGAUCGAUUGAGUUUGCAUAUAUGCAAAAACGGCACAUAGGCUCAGUAAGCAAUGACCAUCUAUAAGUUUCCUAAAAAGUAAAUUCACUGAAGCAUAUUCGGUUGAAUCGCUUGAGAAAGCAAAAUAUCAGGAUUAGAAGAAUUCGUCUUAAAAUGUUCCAAUAUUCUAAUGUUCUCAAAGUUAUCCGCAUUUUGUUAAUACAAGUUAGGAAUGCAUAUUUUUGUUUCUCGUGGAGUAGACUGAUUUCGUAGUUGUAGCUAGCUGUAGCUAAGCGCAUUGACCACCACAAACAUUCAACAAACAUUCAACAUUUUACAUAAAUGAUAACUUUAGGCUCUGUCCACAAGAUACUGAAGAGAUAUGAAAAUGAAAGCGCAUCAAAUGUUUUCAGUCCACAUUAGCUACCGGAUUGGAUUUGUGUUUGUGAAAAGCUCGAACAGGAAAAUCACAUCGUUUACGAAAAGCCCCGUUUUCAAAAUUAAAUGAUGUUUUUCGUACACACUGAGACGCAAAGCCGGCGUUUUCAUGUUCCUUCGGUUUGAAGAGCAUUUUCGAAUAGCUCCGUUUUCGUGACAGAUUAGCGCAGACGGUAGGCCUAACCGUAGAAUAUAUUAAAGCUUCGUUUUCGCCGUUGUAUGGCCAUGGUCGAGGCCUUGCCCUAAUGAAUGUGUUUCUAGGCAAAAGACUUCUAUCACCAAUGUCAGGGUAAGGUUUCUUCUGCACUGAAAAGACAACUCACUUGGUGCUUGAUAGGAGGUAGAGGUUUUUUUAUGCUGUUGUUUUACUAAGUUUUUUGGUGAUGUGCAGCACCUUUGUAGACUAGAGUAUUGUGUUUGGUCAUAAACCUUGUGACGAGUUUUAAGUCCGAAACAGAGUGCUUUUUACCCAAAUAUCAGUUAACAGGUCUUUCUUAUUUGUGCGUGAGAUUUUACUUUUUAAAUAAAUUGCCUU